UUAUACAAACACCACGCCCAUAUUUUCUAGUUGGAUUCAUUUCUGAAGCUUUGGAGGAAUUUUGAUUUAUUUCUUUCGGUAAAGGAUGACAGAAGAGAGCAAGUAUGGAGCCUCAAUGGCUAUACUUCAAAGAUACCUAACCCCUGACGACAGCAACUCUACUAAUACCAACAGUUCUGGAUUUGGUGAUGUUGAUCAGAAUAUUAAUAUACUCCUGGCUAAGAUCAGUAUUAAAGAUGGAGAGAAAGGUUCUUCAUCAACAUCAAGAAGAGUCAGACAUCUUAACGACCUUGCAAAAGUGAUACGUCAUAUUGGUCCUAAUGCUCAGUUUAUGAUAACAAACGCAAGAAGAAUAAUUGAAAAUGUUAAGCUGGCCUUGCUCAGUCAUGUUAAAGAAGUCCGGGCUGGGUCUUUAAGAGUGCUGCGCUAUAUUCUCUCUUCGUCACAAAAUUAUGAAAUCAUGUUAAGUAUUAAGAUUGAUCAUCUCGUGGCGAGAUCACUUGAUUCACCACCUCAGAGAGACAUAGAGAGGCUACAGGCCAUGAGGUUUGUACGACAGGUACUCCUAGUCUGUCCUUCAUUAAUAUCCAGGUCACUAGUGGCUCCUCUGAUGUCUAUAGUCAGUUCAGACACUGAAGUACCACUGGACAAUAUAACCUGGGCAGCACUGGCUACACUGUGUGAAAUAGCACUGACUAAUAUUAAUCUCUCGUCACACUGUGGUAUCAUUAAAGUACUGGUUAGAGGACUGCUGAAAUGUCAGAGUCCUGAGAUAAGUGAGACUGUUAUACUAACACUGUGUCAUCUAUUGAACCACCCCAGUACCAGAAAGCAUGUAAGAACACAUCUUGAUAUUGAGGGUGUGCUGGCUCCAAUAACUGACCUUCACUUUAGCUUUCAUACUAAUGAUAAUACCACCACUGAUAUAAAAAGUGACAGAGAUAAGAGAGUAGAAUCAGCUAAGAUAUCAAUAACAGCAUUGCUGAAAUCAUGGCCGGGUUUUUUAUUGUUACUUAAUCCGUCAAUUAAUGGAAUAUCAACAAUAAUUAACAUGUUACCUUUGACUGAACCCUAUAUACAGAGACAGAUCCUUGAGAUACUCUAUAGUUCCUUUCAUUUGAAGAUCCCUCAGUGGACUGAUGACUAUAGGAUAGCUAUUGCUAGUGUUGACCCCACCCAGUAUUCUCAGGACUGGUCGUUAGAGGCAGGGUGGGUAGCUGAAGAGGGUAAGUCCCUCCUUCCUCCUAAAGUGAUGGAGCGUGUUGAUCUCAUGGGUUGCUACCAUGCUCUGUUACUCACCUGUCUAUUGAAGGCUGGGUUCUUCACAUCGCUGGUGGAAGUGGUUAAACUACCUGAUCAACACAUAGCUGUAAUGACUGCUGUACUAAUGGGGCAGCUGCUACAUAUGGCUAAUUCUAUUCUUCCUCCGGAAUAUUUUUGUUUUUCUUUGAAAUUGCCCGACCUCAUAGCAGCUGCAAUGUCACCUGAUGAACAGGGAGAGAGAAAUCGUGCUUCAGAAGUAAUAAAUUGUUUGGAUCGUAUCCAUCAAAUGAAGAAACAGCCGGUCAAACCAUCCAGCCUCUAUCUUAAACUAACACUAGAACAAGCUGGUUAUUUUUCAGGUAAAGGUAGAAGUCACAAUAACCUCAUGCAUAAUGUCCACAUAUCCAAUGAGAUGGAUGACCUCACUCUACAGUCUCAUAUUCGUGAUACCCUGGUACUGACUAACCCGAGGGAGUACCCCUCCUGGGACUGGAACCUCAUACUAUCACUGCUUCAUCAUCCUUAUCUCUACACUGUGUCCCUCACUGAAGAGAGUAACUGUACCAAGUUUUUACGCAGUUUGACUAAUUUCUUCAAGCCUAGCUCCAGACAGUAUUCAUCCAUUGUCUAUUCAUUGUCUAACAGUAAGAAAUACUCGUCUGUUGGUCUUCAGCUUAUCAAGUACCUGAGCAAAAUGGAAGGAAUUGGGUGUGGUUUAUUGCAGAUUCUUAUUAAAGACAUCGUUGACCAACUAGGACAAGUUACUGCUUCUAAGGUUACAGCUGAUGUUUUCUCCCCCAGUAGUGUCUCUCAUAAAAUGUCUCGUGAUUAUUUCCUACUAAUUGGUGCAGUUUCAUUCCACAACAGUUCAUUAUUGUACAGCCUUGGGGCAUAUGGACCUAUUCUUGAUAUUUGCAGUAUCACUAGUAGACAUGAUCUCCACAAGUUGAUAAUAUCAUCACUUGACUUCUCUCAUGAUAACUAUUCUAAGCCAAUCCUACAGAAACUGCUUAAUGGGUCUGAUGGAGAGACCAGGUUAUAUGCUACUAAGCACAUGCGAGUGUUUCUUCGUGUUAAUGCUCCUUUCUUCUCCAACUGGGGUAUGGAGAUGCUGAUUGGUCAGUUGUACGACACUGAGGAGCCAGUGAGGGAGGAGGCCAUUGAUAUACUGGACGAGGCUUGUGAAGAAGAGUCAUUCCUGGAAGCCCUAGUACUGCAGCACCCUGCGCUACUCCACCUGUCAGAGAGAGGAGUAUCAUUAUUAACAAGAUUCAUAUCAGUGAAGAGGGGAUACUCACUACUCUCACGACUGGGACAUUUGAAAACUGAACUGGAUGCAUGGCUCAAAGAUUACAAUUAUCGUUAUGUCUCAGUGGUGGAGCAGAGACUGGCUGAGAGUCUCACUAGUUAUCGUCAAACCAAAGAGGGAGAGUUCCACCGGAGGAAAGGAGACGCUGGCACUUUUAAAAACGUACAAACGUUUGUACCAGUUCACUUUUACGGCCAAUUAGUGAGGCAUGAAGAGGGGUGUGGCCUACUCAAAGAAGAGGGUCAUAUUAGUAAAUUGAUUGAGUUACUACAGAAAGAGCCAAACACUUCAAACGAUAUACUUGAAAUAAAAGCAGCUGCCUGGGCUCUGGGUCAUAUUGGUACUUCUGUUGGUGGGUUAGACCUGUUGCUAGGCGAUGAUGUCAUACAAUUGUUAGUUAAAAUAACGGAAUCAUCUCCAGUAGCAACAAUAAGAGGAACUUGUUUCUAUUCUCUGUGUCUCAUAUCUAAGACUCCUCAAGGAGCAGAUGCUCUAUUAACCCACGGCUGGACUUCAGUCCGUCACUCCAGUGAUGAGAAAUGGCCACUGAUCCUUUCUGAGGCCAUUGAGGAUGUUAUUCACAUUCCUUCAUCUCCUCUCUCUCCCAGUUCCUCUUUCAAUGGAGUGAUGUCAGUGAUAGAGGAGAGAGGGAGGGCCGGGGACUCUCCUAAGAGAGAGGGAGAGAAGAGGAGACAAAGUUCACCCUCUCAUACUGUGUCAGGUAGAGGUGAGAAGAGGAUAUCUCGUACAGUCAGUGCAGUUGCUGUACCAGUCAGUACUCCUCCUCGUAACUAUGUACUGAGGCCAGUGAGACCAAUGGACCUUGGGGAGAAGGAUAGGGACAAUUCUCAUGUCCAUGAUUCCCCCGUGAGGCGGUCCACUCCUCCCACUGGACGUGGUGUCUCCCUCAACAUGACUCGACUCAACUCUCUCACGUCUCUCAGGCCGGGAUCAACUGGGAACUUUGUGGGUGUGGUCUUACCUCUGGAACUAAGCAACUUAUUUAAAUUCAAGGAAGACUCUUAUAAAGGUUCUAGAGCUGAUUAUGUAUCGACUGAUUUAUUUGACGAUCAGCAUCACUUCUUAUUGGACAAUUUAGUAAACCACACCCACUCGACCCCGCCCCCUCCAACCUCCAACACAAACCAGCAACAAACAAAGGAGAAUGGUGUGACUCCAUUAAUGGAUGAUGCUACUCAAGAAAAAACUGAAACUGAUGAUAAGAAGAUUUUAGGAUCAAGUGUCCAUUCUCAUACCAGUACAUCUUCUGGUUCCGUUACAUUUGAUGAGAGUUCAUAUGAAGGACAGUUGAUACUGCACAGAGAGUUCCUGGAGAUUGUUUAUUAUCUUUGCUCUGAUGUUAGUCUUAGGAAGAAUGUACACCAUCUUAACCUGUUGUGUAAUAAGUUCCCUUGUCUCUCCCAAGACUCCUCCCUCUACUGGAAGACUAUGACGUUACUGUCAUUAUUUCAUUAUACUCAGACCAACAGGAGAUUAAUACAGUCUAAAUUUGAUGGACUCACUUUUGACGAAAUAUUCUCCACUACCAGACAGUAUUACCAAACACACGAGCUCUUGAAGGACCCGCCCAGUUCCCCUACUGGCCCUGCCCCCUCAGCUGACUCUGAUACCACAUGUAACCGAAGACGAAACAGCACCGGGGAGAUACUUAAAACCAAACCAGCAGACCACACCUCCUUAAUGAGGGUUGGUUCGUCUCACUCCGAAGAGAAGCUAGACACUAAGUCCAUAGCAACGACGACCACUGCUAGCGAAAUGGACACCCUUUCUGAGGGAAGCCUUACUAGUAAUGAGAUGCUGGAGUGGGAGGGGGAGGGAGGGGAAGGGGGCGGGGUCAAGGAUGAGGGAGAGAGGGUGAGGGAGGAUCAGAUCCCGUCUUUGGCUGAGGCAGGGAACAGGUUGAGUCAGUUGGAACUUGACGUGGGGACGUCCUCUAGCAUGCCUCCCUCUAUUGUGGAGGUGGUCAUUGAUCUAUGAAUAAUUGAUUAGUUAUUGAUUAAUUGA